AUGCCCUCUUCGAUGGCCCGACCACUAGCCUCUGACUUUCUGUACUAUUUUCUCGUCCUCGAUGCCCCCACCUCUCCUCCAGCCAGAUGCAUCACCCAGCUGUCUGCAGCUUUCGAACGUCUGGGUAUUCCUCUCUCUCCCGAGAAGACUGUCGGCCCUGCUACGUCUCUGGAAUUCCUCGGCAUAAUCCUGGAUUCCGUUUCUCUCCAGGCUUCCCUCCCCCGUGACAAGCUGGUCCGUAUCAAGGAUACCCUCUCUCUAUUCCUCGAACGUCAGCACUGCUCCAAGCAGCAGCUUCUCUCUCUCUUGGGCCAUUUAAAUUUCGCCAUGCGGAUUAUUCCCCAAGGCAGAUCCUUCAUUUCUCAUCUUCUCAUGCUUUCCUCUUCCGCCACCUCUCUCUACCAAACAGUCACUCUGGACCAAGCUUGCCUGUCUGAACUGCACUUCUGGCUCCUCCUACUCUCCCACUGGAAUGGCAUAUCUCUCUUUCGCCUUCCCGAAGCGUCGGACCACCCUGACUUUUUCCUCUUCUCUGAAGCUGCCCCCUCCUUUGGAUUCGGAGGCUAUUGUGGCACCCGUUGGUUUUUCUCUCCCUGGCCUCAGGAGCUCAUCGAACAGUCGGCUGCAGACAGCGACUCCACUGCCCUGCGGGAGUUAUACCCCGUCUUUGCGGCCGCUGAUCAGGAUAAGAGAUCAGACUCACCUGAACCCAGCUGUGUCUCCAUGAAGAGUGACCAGUCAAUGGGUCUACCUAUAACCUUCAGAGAGGACAACAGUUCUGCUGAUCUCAGUUCGCAACAAUCGAAUUUGAUGCACUCACCUGCCAGCAUUUGCUUGCUCCCCAUGGACCUCCAACUCACCGCCUCCGAUGAGGACCUCUUCCCUCCCAGCCAGCCUGUCUCUGCUCCUGCUCCCUCUCGCCGGGCUCAUCGCUUGAGGUCUGUCGUCUCCAUUCCGGCUACUCCUGGUUCUACCCAUUCUUCCUCACCAACGCACCCCCGGAUCUCGGCGCUCCCGCCGCUCUUCUCCUCCUUCCCCUACUGCUCCUGGUCGGGCUCGCUGCUCUGGGCGCCCGGCUUCCUUGGCCGGCCCCGCACCCCCUUCCCCGGCCGAGCCCCUCUCUUCUGCGCGCAGGAGCCGCACCGGCAUCGCGGUCCGAUGACGUCACCCGCUCAACUCAUUGCCGCGGCACACCCUCCACCUGCUUCGGCCUCAGCGCCUCCUCCUGUGGGCCCCGAACCCCUCUCCUUCUCCUCUGCCUCCUUCUCUCCUUCAUUGCCGAUCCCGGCUUCUGCAGCACUCGCCGCGCCCAUCACCGGAGCUCCGUGCUCUUCAUUCUCCCUGUCUACGGCACCGCCUGUUGCCCCCGGGCCAACCCUGUUCAACCCUCCCCUGGUCUCCUCCUCUCUGCGGAACUGCAUUCUUCAAGGUGCGGAUGUCGAUCUUUCCUCCCUACUUCUCCCCUCCACUUCUUCUGCUCCCUGUGUCAUCGACACCGGCGACAUCUCGCUUACCUUGCAUCAACCAGGCCCUCGCGUCUCCAAAAUCCUCUCUGCAGCCGAAUUCGCCUUUGCCUUCUCCAUCUUCAGGGAUGUCAUCUGUUCGGCUUUCCCAUCACGUCGCCAGGAAUUGGACGAUUAUCUGUCCUUGAUUUUGGAUAUGGCUAUCCGUUUCGGAGGCUCUGGUUUCUACGAAUAUCACCGCCUCUUCUCAGCCAGGGCCGCAGCUCGUCAUCAACAGUGGAACCUUGCUACAUUCUGGGGCUCCCCGGACCUGGAACUUUAUUGCCACGUUUUCGCGGGAUGUAGCUCCCUCUCCUGCUGCGCGUGUGGCGGCCCCUCUCACCCUGCUUCUGUUUGUUCCCAGGCAGCCUCCACCGCCCCUCCGGCCCCCAUCCAACAUUCCUCGGCGCGUGCCGCUCUCGUGCGCCCAUCCUCCUCGGGCGCCCGCGACAGCUUUGGCCGGCCUAUCGUUUUUCUCGACGGGCAGAUGGAACUGGAACACAAAGUCAUCUCUCUAGUAAAGAAUCAGCUGGAGAGGUUUCUGAAGAUGCUGAAGAAUCUGGAUUACCCAGCAUGCUCUGGGAGAGAGGAGGAGGAUGAGGAGGAUCAGAGUGGUGUCAGAGAGGGAGCGCUGAAGAUCACACUGCACGUCCUGAGAAACAUGAACCAGACAGACCUCGCUAACAAACUGCAGACCAAACUGGCUCCAUCCUGCCACCGAAAGCUCAAAUCAACACUAAAGGCAAAAUUUCAGAAAAUUAAUGAAGGAAUCUCAAAUCUUGGAACCUCAACCCUUCUGAAUGAGAUCUACACAGAUCUGUACAUCACAGAGGGAGGGAGUGGAGAGGUCAAUAAUGAACAUGAGGUCAGACAGAUUGAAGCAGCAUCCAGGAGACCAGCAACACAGGAGACACCCAUCAAAUGUAACGACCUCUUUAAAGACCAGUCCAUCAGAACUGUGCUGACUAAAGGAGUUGCUGGAAUUGGAAAAACAGUCUCUGUGCAGAAGUUCAUUCUGGACUGGACUGAAGGAAAUGCCAAUCAGGAUGUUCUCUUCAUAUUUCCACUUCCUUUUAGAGAGCUGAAUCUGAUGAAGGAGACGAAGCUUAGUCUGGUGAAUAUCCUUCAGUGCUUCUUCCCAGAAACACAAGAUUUAAAAACAAGACAUUAUAAGAGCUACAAGAUCAUUUUCAUCUUUGAUGGUCUGGAUGAAUGUCGACUUCCUCUAGAUUUCCAGAACAAUAAGAGAAUAUCUGAUGUAACACAGUCAGCCUCAGUAGAUGUGCUGCUGACAAACCUCAUCCAGGGGAACCUACUUCCCUCUGCUCUCCUAUGGAUAACUACUCGACCAGCAGCAGCCAAUCAGAUCCCUCCUGACUGUAUUGAUCAGGUAACAGAGGUACGAGGGUUCAGUGACCCUCAGAAAGAGGAAUACUUCAGGAAAAGGAUCAGAGAUCAGAGCCUUGCUGAAAGAAUCAUUACACACAUGAAGUCCUCCAGAAGCCUCUACAUCAUGUGCCACAUCCCAGUCUUCUGCUGGAUCUCAGCCACUGUUCUAGAGAGGAUGUUGGGUGAAGCAAAGGGAGGAGAGAUCCCCAAGACUCUGACUCAAAUGUUCACACACUUCCUUAUCUUUCAGAUCAAACACCGCAGCCAGAAGUACCAAAGAAAAAGUGAUGUUGAUCUUGACCAGACUAGAGAGAUUAUUCUGGCUCUGGGAAAACUGGCUUUCCAACAGCUGGAGAAAGGAAACCUGAUCUUCUAUGAGGAAGAUCUGAGAGAGUGCAGCAUUGAUGUCAGAGAAGUGUCCGUGUACUCAGGAGUGUGCACCCAGAUCUUCAGACAGGAGUCUGAACUUCACCUGGGGAAGGUUUUCAGCUUUGUGCAUCUGAGUGUUCAGGAGUUUCUGGCUGCUUUAUAUGAGUUUCUGUCCUUCAUCUCCAACAACAGAAAUGUGCUGCAACAGAAACACAGUGGAUUUGGUUUCUCCAAAAAAGGAACAAUGUCUGACUUCCUGAAGAGAGCCGUGGACAAGGCCUUACAGAGUGAGAAUGGACACCUGGACCUUUUCCUCCGAUUCCUUCUGGGUCUCUCACUGGAGUCCAAUCAGACUCUCUUACGAGGUCUUCUGAUACAGACAGAGAACAUCUCUCACAGUAAAGAUGAAGUAGUGGAGUACAUCAAGCAGAAGAUCAGGGAGAAUCCCUCUCCAGAGAAAACUAUCAGUCUGUUCCACUGUCUGAAUGAACUGAAUGAUCAUUCUCUAGUGCAGGAAGUCCAGAAAUACCUGAACAGAGGAGGUUCCAGUGAUCUCAGUGGAGUUACUCUGUCUCCUGAUCAGUGGUCAGCUGUGGCGUUUGUGAUGCUGAAUUCAGAAGAGGAUCUGGAUGAGUUUGACCUGAGUAAAUUUCAGAAAUCAGAAAAAUGUUUUCUGAGGCUGCUACCAGUGGUGAAAGUAUCCAGGAAGGUUAAGCUGCGUUGGUGUCAUCUAUCAGAGAAAAGCUGUGCAGAUCUGGCCUCAGCUCUCAGCUCAAACUCCUCAACUCUGAGAGAACUGAACCUGAGUGGUAAUAAACUGCAGGAUUCAGGAGUGAAGCUGCUCUCUGCUGGACUGAAGAAUCCACACUGUAAACUGGAGAAACUGGGGCUGUAUGGGUGUAAUCUAUCAGAGAAAAGCUGUGCAGAUCUGACCUCAGUUCUCAGCUCAAACUCCUCAACUCUGAGAGAACUGUACCUGAAUGAUAAUAAACUGCAGGAUUCAGGAGUGAAGCUGCUCUCUGCUGGACUGAAGAAUCCACACUGUAAACUGGAGAAACUGCAGCUGAAUAACUGCAGUAUUACAGAAGAAGGCUGUGCUGCUUUAGCUUCAGCUCUGAAAUCAAACCCCUCACACCUGAGAGAGCUGGAUCUGAGCCUCAAUAAUCCAGGACAGUCAGGAAAGAAGCUGCUCUCUGAUCUACAGAAGGAUCCUCACUUUAAACUGGAGACACUAUAG